AGAGUCCAUAAUGGCGGAGUGGGCGAUGGCGGAGUUGACGAUGGCGAAGUUGACUGUGGCAGAGUUGACAGUGACAGAUAUGAGAACAAAGUUGAAGGUAACAGAGUUGACUGUGGCAGAAAUCCUGGUGGCGGAGUUGAGAGUGGUGGAGUUUACAUGGUGGAGUUGAAAGUGGCAGAUAUGAUAACAGAGUUGAUGGUGGUGGAGUUGAAGGUAACAGAGUUGACAAGAACAGAGGAGAACAGAGUUUACUGUGGCAGAGUUGACGAUGGCGGAGUUUACUGUGGCGGAGUUGAUGAAGGUGGAGUUUACUGUGGCGGAGUUGACGAUGGCGGAGUUGACGAUGGCGGAGUUGACGAUGGCGGAGUUGACGAUGGUGGAGUUGAUGAAGGUGGAGUUGACGAUGGUGGAGUUGACGAUGGUGGAGUUGAAGAUGGUGGAGUUGACGAUGGCGGAGUUGACGAUGGCGGAGUUGACGAUGGCGGAGUUGACGAUGGCGGAGUUGACGAAGGUGGAGUUUACUGUGGCGGAGUUGACGAAGGUGGAGUUUACUGUGGCGGAGUUGACGAAGGUGGAGUUUACUGUGGCGGAGUUGACGAAGGUGGAGUUGACGAUGGCGAAGUUGACGAAGGUGGAGUUUACUGUGGCGGAGUUGACGAAGGUGGAGUUUACUGUGGCGGAGUUGAUGAAGGCGGAGAUGAUAGAGUUGACAAUGGCAGAGUUUACUUUGGCAGGAUUGACGGUGAUGGAAAUGAUAAUGUUGAUGUUGAUGGUGGUGGAGUAGACGAGAACAGAGUUGAUUGGUGGAGUUUACUGUGGUGGAGUCAAUGAUGGUGGAGUUGACUGUAACUUGAAGUCUGAUGCUAACAGAGUUGACGUUGGCAGAGUUGACGGUGGUGGAGUUGAUGGAGUGGAAUUCAUGGCGGACUUGACGAUGGAGUUGACUGAAACGGAGUUGACGGAAACUUGAUGUUUGAUGCUCUUUGGUAACAGUUGACUGGCAGAGUUUACUGUGGCAGAGUUGAUGAUGGCCGAGUUGACGGUGCCAGAGUUGACAAUGGCAGUUGACGGUAAGGAAGUUGACAGUGAUGAGGUUCACAAAGGCAGAGUUGGCGUUGGCGGAGUUGGCGUUGGCGGAGUUGAUGUUAACCGAGUUGAUGGUAACAGAGUUGAUGUUAACAGAGUUGACAAAAACAGGUGACGAUAUAUCAGUUUAUAGUGGCUGAUUUGACGAUAGCGGAGCGGAAGUCUUUGAGUUUCUGUUUUCAAGACAAAAUGUCCAUAAAUACACACAAACAUCAUUUUUGAGUUCAGUUGAUUUGUGUUUUGAAAUGAAGACAAUAAUCUAUCCACAUUAGUAGAAUCAUCCGUCUGUUUAUUUGAUUUUAGAUACAUUUAAAAAAUGAUAAUUCAUUUCUAUCAGCUUUUCUGUUUAAUUCCCCUCCCCGUUGCUUUAAUAUGAAUAUUUGAUGAAUAUUUACAUGUAUAUUUUGGUUGAGGUGGAGCUGGUGCAACAUCAAACGCCCGAGCGGCGGCGGCCUGUUGGUGUCCAUGUUUGUGUUUUUCCUCUUUAGGAUCUGCUCAUGAAAGCAGGAGGCUGUUCUUCAAAGAGCAGAGCAGGAUGAAAAGAGCAGAUGAAAGGAGGGAUGGAGGUCUUGGUUUAGCAGAGAAUGGCGGAGCGAUGUGUAAAUUGAUUUGUGGUCUCAUCGCUGACUCUCGGGAAUCGCAGCAGGUAAUUGACCAUCAGUGAAGAGCUGAGUGUAUUUAUAGACGACUCUACUGUGCUCAGUGCUGGAUAUAUGGGUAGAUUCACAGCCGGACGAGUGUCAGCGCACUACAAUAUAACAAUAAUAUUACACUUCACUUUAUAUAGCGCCUUUAAUAGAGGCAUCUCGAAGCACUUUACAAACAUAUGAAGACUGCAGAAGUACAAGAUACAUGCAGCAGACUAGACAAAACAAUGCAGUUAUAAUUAAGUAAAGAAAUGAUGAAUGAAAAGAGAAGACAUAACGGCAUCAGAUAAUCAGUUUUGUGUGCAUGUUCUAGUUUAAGUCCUGAUUUAAAUAUUCCCUGAUAUUUCUCAGCAAUAUUCCAGCUUUACUUCUGUCUCACUGAAGAUUGUCCCGUUUUCUCUCUGUCUGUCUUUUGUCUUGUGUUGUACAUGCUCUGCUGUCGCCUGUGUGAAACGCUUCAGUCAACACCUGUAGCCUAAAGUAAAUGUUGAUCUUCUGACUGACUGUAACUCUUGUGUUCAAUAAUUCUCUGUAGCGUGUGUGACCUCCAGUCUGAACAGUUGUGCACGGGUUUAUUAAAUGCAGUCAAGAACAAUAACAGUUUAAUGUAAGUACUAGUUCUCACUAUUAACUAGUAGCUUAUUGCCCGUUUAUUACUAAGAUAUUGGCUAUUUAUUAGCACUUAUAAAGCGUAUAUUCCGCAUCGCAUAUCUCUAAUCCUACCAGUAAACCCAACUCUACUGCCCUGAUAACUAUUGAUAAGCAGCAAAUUAAGAGUUUAUUGAGAUAAAAUUCACAGUUAAUGGUCCAUUAGUGAGAAAUAUACCAUAUAAUAAAGCAUCUCCUAUUUUUCAUGAUUAUUUAUUAUAUUCAGUCCUAAAUUAUUUGCGUUUAGUGUUUAAAAUCAAGUCAUUUUUCUGCCAUGAUCUGUCAGAUACAGACUGAUUCCAGUAAUGGAGAACAGUGUUGGGGAAGGUGAUGCAUCAGGAUCUUGUGCUACUUUAAAAAAAGGAAACUGAAUCUGUUGCUCAGUUAGUUUAUAAGGAGAUUAGUGCGUUACUUUACUUUUGUGUUAUUUUUUCCAUCUGAGCUGAGCAUGCAUGCCUGCAUUAACACAAGGAAACCUUUACUUUUGACAACUGUGACCCACUUUUACAGCAAAAGAGAAAUGCGAAGAGAAUAAAGAGACUGUAAGUCAGUUUUGUGCAUCAUAUUUAAGCAGAGCUACAGUAAGACUCAUUUUGCAUGUUCAUGUAAAGGGCCAAGGGUGUCCCGAUUCUCUUCCUCUUAAAGGUGUAGGGCUUGGGGGAAGCGCUAGAUAGGCCUCAGAUCUGAGAUUUUCCAGCAUCACACUUUCCCAAAAUAUCUGCAUAUCUGCACACGCCAGUCAGGAGAUGCACAAACUAGUUUGUUUGUUUUUUUGCCAUUAUUAUAAAUUUGACAACAAACAGCACAUGUUUUAAUACAUUCAUAACGGCGUUCAUGCUUUAUUGUCAUGCUUAAAAAACAAAAUUGCUAAAUUUGUCUAUAUAGAACUCAUCUUGAUAACUGGUCUCUGGCUAAUUUAGUUCUUCAAACAAGUUCAUGAAUCAGAUUAAAAUGUCUGGAUGGACUGAUCUGAGAUCUGUGUGUGUUCACUG